AUCCCCAGAGCCCAUCCUUCGUUACAUUCUUCUACGAUUUGGUCGUACCCCUUUAAUUUUCUCUCUCAAAGUCUCUCUCUUUAGGGUUUUUGGGUUUCAUACUAUCGGAUCCCUGCUAAUAUUGCCUUACAGAGCUUCAAAUGGAAGCGGCGGCAGUAAAUGUCGUCCGAUCAUCGGCUGCUCCGUCGAAGCCGAUGAUUUGCCUUGGAAGAUCGAGCUUAUUGGCUCCUGACGGGCCCGCCUUCGCGCGGUUUGCUUCCAGUUUUCAGCUCUCCAGUAAGCUAUGCAGUUCUGUAUCUAUCCCCAAGCAAGGUCGUAAGAGACUGGGUGUUGGAAGUAGAAGAGGUUUAGUAGUUAAAGCUUCAUCUCUAUCUCCAGAAUCAUCAGGGUCGAACAACAAAAUUGCUCCUCUUCAGCUGGAGUCUCCAAUCGGGCAGUUUCUUUCUGAGAUACUGAUUAGUCAUCCGCAUCUUGUGCCUGCUGCAGUAGAGCAACAGCUUGAGCAGCUCCAAACUGACCGUGAUGCUGAUAAACAAAAUGGGGAAGAGCCCUCUGCCUCAGGCACUGACUUAGUUUUGUAUAGAAGAAUUGCCGAGGUUAAGGCUAAUGAAAGAAGGAAAGCUCUAGAAGAGAUUUUGUAUGCAUUGGUGGUGCAGAAAUUCAUGGAUGCCAAUGUUUCUCUGAUACCCUCCGUAACUCCAGAUUCUUCUGGCCAAGUUGAUUCAUGGCCAAGUGAAGAUGGGAAACUUGAGCGGCUUCACUCACCUGAGGCCUAUGAGAUGAUCAGAAACCAUUUAGCUCUCAUUUUGGGCAACCGAAUUGAUGAUGCAAGUGCUGUGGCUCAGAUCAGCAAACUAAGGGUUGGACAGGUUUAUGCUGCAUCAGUGAUGUAUGGAUACUUUCUUAAGCGGGUUGACCAAAGGUUCCAGCUGGAGAAGACAAUGAAAGUUCUUCCUACGACAGCAGAUGAGAAUAGUGAACGGCAAAUUGUCAUGGACGAUAGAAGACCAGGUAAUGGAGAAGAUCCUUCUCAAGCUAUGCCCCAUCCUGAAGUGUCUGCCUGGCCUGGUGGUGGUGUCAGUUCUGAGGGGUUUAGCUAUGUCAUAAAGCCAUCCAGGUUGCGUACCUAUGUGAUGUCCUUUGAUGGUGAGACCCUUCAGAGAUAUGCAACAAUAAGAUCAAAAGAGGCUGUCAGCAUCAUUGAGAAGCACACAGAGGCAUUGUUUGGAAGACCUGAAAUUGUGAUAACACCAGAUGGGACAAUUGAUUCUUCGAAAGAUGAGAACAUAAAAAUUAGUUUUGGUUGUCUGAAGAGCCUUGUGUUGGAGGCUGUGACUUUUGGUUCUUUUCUCUGGGAUGUUGAGAGCUUUGUGGACUCGAGGUACCACUUUGUCUUGAACUGAGUUCUGCCAAGUUGGUACUGGACUCCUCACUGGUAUUAUGACAAAGAUCCAAAUAUUGUUACACUAAUUGAUAAUAUAUGUAUAGCGAUUUUUUUUUUUUUUAAAUCCACCAUUUACUGAUGAAUGGAAUGGAAGGUUGUCUUCAAAUUAGCAUUUACUUAUCUAUGUAUGGGUUCAGCGUCUGGGUUUGUGCUUUUGUAUAAUUUGGGUGUGUUGCCCUUUUCGAACCAGCCUUCUUGCAUUGACUGCUAGAUUGUGUUUACUUAUGGGCGUAGAUCCUCGCGCCAAA